AUGAGCGAUGAAUGCUGCUAUGUAUGUAAUGAAUGCCCAAAUUUUUAUGCUACGCUGGACGACUUAGAGAAGCACAUGGAACAAACGCAUGCAGGAAUUCUUCGCUCCGAUUUAACCACGACUCUCAGUAGUGCCAGUGUACGGUUCCCGAAACCGGAAGACGAUGAGAAUGUUAUGCAGUAUGUUGGAAAGAAUCUCGUCGGUGAUAAAAACGCCGAAUUGAUGGAGCAUGAUGGGGAUGGCGGAGAAAGUGGCGGCGAUUCACCGAGUAGUUCGGAUAUAUCAAAUUUUGAUGGCAUAGUCGACGGUGCUGCAUAUAAUCUAGAUGAAAGCACAAAUGCAGAAGGCCACAAAACGUUCGCUUGCAGAUUUUGCCCCAAACUGUUUGAUGAACGGUCACAGCUGAACAUACACUACAAGCAUACGCACCGCGAUAAGCCACAGUACGAGUGUGAUGACUGUCACGUUGUGUUUGCGGUAAAACGUGAACUAAGUACACACAUGCGUAUACACAGCGGGGAACAGCCACACACGUGCACUCAGUGCGGUAAAGAAUUUGGUACUCGACAGCUACUCAAGAAACACUGGAUGUGGCAUACUGGCGAGCGUUCACAUGUUUGUCCACACUGUGCCAAAGCUUUUUUCCAGAAAGGGCACCUCACGCAGCAUCUCAUGAUUCAUGCCGGUGGCCGGCCACAUCAGUGUCCGCUUUGCCAAAAAACGUUUAUCUUCAAGUUCGAUCUCAACCGACACAUGAAAAUCCACGCGGAAAGAGGUUUUUCUUGCGACAAGUGCGGUCGCUCGUUCAUAAAGCAGAUGCAGCUUGACGAGCAUAUACUGAAAUGCAAAGGCCUCGUUGGUGGCGCUAGAAGUCAACCCAUCACACGAACAAACACACCGAUGAGUGCUGAUGCAGGCAACGGUUUGGGAAAUAAUAUCAGUAGCGUAAAGCUAGAGCCACGAACUUCAACGCAAUCAUCACCUGGUCGGCGACAGUCAGUUUCAAUUCAGCAACAACAGCAGCAGCAGCAACAGCACCACCACCACCAACAACAGCGUCAGCAACAACAUAACAGAAACACUUCGCAGGCAUCAGCCUUUUCUCAAGAUGAAAUGAAUAAGGUAGCUCAAGCGCUGGCGGUUCAGCAGCAGCAACGAGCCCUAGUUGCAGCAGCUGCAGCACAACACAGCGCUGCGACUGCAGCUGCAACGGGAACGAAUGCAUUGUUUCACGCAAAUGCACUGCAGAAUUUUGCCCAGAACCUGGUGAUCAAUGGCGUGAGCGCUCAACAGCAGCAGCCUGCGGGACAGACGUUCUUUUGUGUAUUUUGCAUGAAGCAUUUCAACACGCAGGCCUCGUUCACGUUGCACCUCAGUUUCGUGCAUUUCCGGACGAAUUUGAUCAGUGUCAACUCGCAGAGCUGCUUCCAGGAGCAUUUUGAGAAUCAGGAUUUGUUGGCGGGCUGGUUUCGCGGUCCUGUUACUCCAUAUUAG